AUGUACUACCGAAUGCCGCCUGCACUUAAGGCUUCGCAAUUUGGGCCACCGGAUCCGACGCCUCGUUACUACGACUACACAGAAGAAUUCGAGAACAAGACAGCGCAGCCAACGAAAUCACUUGAGACAUUGGCUCCCAUACCUACAAGGGCGUCGAGCACUCAACGUCCCCUGGUUCUCAGAGAAGGGUCGGAGGAGCAGCUGGCUGCAGCUUUCGACGACAAAUCUGCACCGGAUUUCUCAGACGAUGACGACCACCAAGGUGAAUCUGACGCAGAAACAGAGCCACAUCUGCUGAGUGAUAUAGAAACGCCUCACGAAGGUACCACAAGGGAUCGAAAGCCCAACAGUCCCGCCAGAGUCUCCGGCACAGACCCAAGGGCCCAGAUCAUACCUAGCUUGACGCUAGGUAUGAGGAAGCUUACACGAGGCAGCGACAUUGAUCUCCUACCGUCGCAGGUUCGGAGAACAUCCGUUGAUACUUUCAGGCCCAGCCUUGACAUAGAAUCUCCUGAGGUUCCAUUGUUCAGCUACCCUAACUUUCGUCACAGAACGUCUGAGCAUACAAAUACACCUUCUCCAGCACGGCAAGUACAGGUUCAUGUCAAGACCCCAACAAUCAGAAGUGAGCAAGGGGUUAUCUUGAGGGAUGAUGAACAUGACAGCACUAACGGCACUGAUGAUGCGUCUUCUGUGAACGACAGCGCUUGCGAGCCGCCCCUCAGAGAGCCAAGAACUCCCAGAGUGCCAACCCAUGGUUUCAGCAACCCAUACCCCAUGCUGAAGACCGCACAGGAUAUGCUGAAAACCAGUUCAAAAGGGUCUGACAAUUACUCAACACUUGCACGUACAACUGCUGUGGCAGAUCCCUUCAAGCCAGGCUCCCGCAAACUCCUCAAAGGAUCUGAUGCACAUCAACAUUUGCCGUGUGCCACAGCAGUGAAUGGGUGCGGUUCUGUAGGAAUCGCAGAUAACAAUUCGUCAAUUGAGACUUCGGGGGCUACGGACCGUUUAGAAACGAAUCCUUCUGAUAACCGAACUGCUCGGGGAGUUGCCAGAACCAAUGAUGACGGCACAGGCCGGAUCUUGAGACCACCUCUAAGAAACGAUGAUCACAACAAGAAUGACCAGAGAAACCAUGCUGAUUUGAAAGUCAUCACCAAUGGGUUGCCUCAGGAUGAAGAGGAGAUCCCACAGCUAACUCCGUCGUGUUCUCUCACGCCAUUGAUCUCGCCAAAACCAAUCUCACCCGCUCGAGAGCUGAGGGUCAAGAACAGCAUCCCUCAGCUUAUGAAAGCAUUACCACCGUUACCUGGUCAACCUGGAUACGUUUCUCCUCCUUCAUCAACCGGUUUCAGCGACGAUGGAGACGACUUUGUUGCAGUUUUGAGACCAUACCGCUUUUCACAGUCCGGUAUAUCGAGAUGUCGAGAUGCCUCUGAGUUAGCCAGAAAUGCUGAGAAACCCCCCGCACGCUUGCAAAAACCCAAACCAGAUAUUCAAAAGAAGCUUCCCAGAAUUAGGGCCAAGUCGAAAGUGUCAAUCGCCGACGCCCCGUCUAAUCAUAGAGAGUCAAGGCCAUGGAAUUCAGAGAAGAAUUAUCCAUGGUGCAAUGACGUGCCUCCAAUUGAGCUUGUGGAUGUGGAAUGCGAAGUUAACAAACAUGACUCUCUUCGUGAGAAGCCACGGGUCAGUAGCUCUCGUACUGCCAGCAAUGUAGACUCACGCUCUAAUACCGUGCGCCGACGUCCACAAGCUGGAGGUUCCGGGCUCGUACAAGAUAUUGCAAGUCAACAGCGGAAAGACCUCUUCAGCUUCUCCAGCGGAUUGGGAUCUGUCUUUCGCCAAGUCAGUCGUAAGUUCUCUCAAAGCUCACAUAAGGCUAGUAAGCCGGAAUCAGCAUCGCCAUUCUAUGAUGCGGAAACAUCGUUGCCUGAUCAAAGUCCUGAAACGAAACCACGCGUUCGGCUCAGAAGAUCCACCAGCAAGUACAAGGCGAAUUACCACAGCUUUGAUAAAGACUCGGCCAUUGAGAAGCGUCAUGGUUUGAAGAAGCACUUCUCAGAUUUGCGUUGGCUGCUAGCACGAUCGACGCGUACACAAACGCGGGAGACUCCUGACGAAGGGUCAAACUUUUUGCAUGCAAAACGGGGAGCCGUUUUGGAGAGUACGUUUGGAUUGGGAAACACCGAUUUCGAUAGCAAAGAUAUUAGUGUCGGUGAAGGCAAUGCUCCGACCAAGCAGCCUAGGCCACGGCUUAGAAGACGAAUGAGAGCCAGAAUUUCCAAAUGGGUGAGAGGGACCAAAACCGGUGGCAAGCAUCGGCAAAAAGGGACCUCAGUUACUGCAGAGGAUAACUGA